UACUAGGUCUUAUCAUGAACUAUUGACGGGCUCUGCGUUUGCCACCAAAGUCUGUCAGCUCCAACUGGAAGAAAUGGCGUAACUAAUACCUCUGUCUUUAUCUCUCUCACGCACACACUCUCUCUCACACACAACCCCUGAAACCAAAACCUCCAAUUCGAAGCUUUUAAUGGCUUAUCAUCAGUUAAUCACUCUCUCUCUCCUUUCUUAUAUGCUCUUCUUCGUCUCCCUCUUUCCUCAUUCUUCAACAUCAGCAACAUUUUCUUCGGCAUCGUCUCCCGAUUCUUCCGAUAAAGUCUCUCUGGGAUUGUACUACGAAAGCCUGUGUCCUUACAGUGCCAAUUUCAUCAUCAACUAUUUAGAUAAUAUCUUCACUAAUGGUCUCAUCGACAUCGUCGAUCUCACCCUCUUCCCUUGGGGCAACGCCAAGAUCAAAGGCAACAACACCGUCGUUUGCCAGCAUGGGCCAUUUGAAUGCUUGCUGAACACUGUGGAGGCAUGUGCAAUCAGUGUUUGGCCUGAUCUGAACGAGCACUUUCCUUUUAUCUAUUGCAUUGAGACUUUGGUCUACAACCGGACAUACCCCGAGUGGGAAUCAUGUUUUGAGAAAUUGAGUUUGGAUCCAACACCAAUUUCCGAUUGCGUUAGUACCGGAUAUGGGGCGGAGCUUGAACUACAAUAUGCAGCAGACACAAAUGCCCUUGAACCUCCUCAUGAAUAUGUGCCUUGGGUAGUUGUUGAUGGACAGCCACUCUAUGAGGACUAUGAAAACUUUAUAAGCUAUAUCUGUAAAGCUUAUAAAGGGACUACCGUGCCCAGUGCCUGCAGUGACUUGUCCCUUGACGCCAUUCCAGAGGAGAAAGCAAACUCUAAGCCUUCAGUCUGCUACACUGAAGAAACAACAAAGCUGACAUUAUCAACAAUAAGAUCAGUGAUAUCAUCCUGGAUUAGCCAGGUUUACAUGGCAGCUUCGGUAUAAAUGUCCUGCAGUUUCAUAUACGUGAUCUAAUACAGUUUCUGCUGCUGCUAUCACCAAUUGUUGGGUAGUAUAGUGAAGAGCCGGUCACCAGAACAGAUGGUAUUAUUUGUUAUAACUGUGAUGUUCUUUGCUGUUAACUAAUAAUAAUACUGGUGAUCGAUUGAGAUCUCUCUGUGUCUCUCUUUUUUGGGGGGCUUAAUGUAUAUACUGUUCGAUUAUCCUUGCAAAUUUUUACACAUCUUUGAAAA